AUGUCUCAAGCUACAUAUAAGGAACGUGCUGCUACUCAUCCUAGUCCUGUUGCUGCGAGGCUUUUCAAUAUUAUGCACGAAAAGCAAACAAACUUGUGUGCAUCGUUGGAUGUUCGCACCACAAAGGAAUUAUUGGAAUUGGUAGAAGCCUUGGGUCCCAAGAUCUGUCUACUAAAGACACACGUGGAUAUCUUGACUGAUUUUUCCAUGGAGGGCACAGUCAAGCCGCUGAAGGAACUGUCUGCCAAGCAUAAUUUCCUGCUAUUUGAGGACAGGAAGUUUGCUGAUAUCGGAAACACGGUUAAAUUGCAGUACUCAGCAGGCGUAUAUAAGAUAGCUGAAUGGGCAGAUAUUACCAAUGCACACGGUGUGGUGGGCCCGGGUAUUGUCAGUGGGUUGAAGCAAGCGGCAGAAGAAGUCACUAAGGAGCCUAGAGGCCUCUUGAUGUUGGCAGAGCUGUCAUGCAAGGGUUCUUUAGCCACUGGAGAAUACACCAAGGGUACCGUGGACAUUGCAAAGCGUGACAAGGACUUUGUGAUUGGGUUUAUCGCUCAAAGAGACAUGGGCGGCAGAGACGAAGGGUACGACUGGCUGAUCAUGACUCCCGGCGUGGGUCUAGAUGACAAGGGAGACGCAUUGGGCCAGCAGUAUAGAACUGUCGAUGACGUGAUCUCUGCAGGGUCCGACAUCAUUAUUGUUGGGAGAGGGCUAUUUGCCAAGGGAAGAGAUGCUAACGUAGAGGGCGAGCGUUACAGAAAAGCAGGCUGGGAAGCAUACUUGAGAAGAUGCUGCCAACCAAAUUGA